AUGGGCUCAAGCGAUCUGGACGGAGUGCUCAUCCUGGAUGCGAGCGUUGCGGCAAGCGGGGGACAGCGUCGCAACAACAGCGCCUCAAGGAGCGAUACCGAGGCCCACUCCGAAUCGUACCGAUCUAGGUCUUCAAGCGAUGAGGCCAGCUCCAAUGGUACCGACAGAUACGUCCGCGGCACGUCUUCAUCAAGUUCCAAGAUGUGUCAACUACUUGGAGUGGCAACUCCGACCGACGUGGACUCUGAUUAUGGAACAUUGCUUGAGCCUGAUCUUUCGCGCUUGUUUCAUGAAUAUCCACAUGGCAAGAUAUUCACUUUCAACGCGGACGGCCAUUCUUUAUCCUCGACGGAGGAGUCCGUUUCGAGUCCCAACGUUGCUGAACAUCUCUCCCCUACUACGCCAUCGAGGCGCAAGACCAAAGACAGGCCACAGCGUGGAUCAACCGCCAUACAGGCAAUGUUUCCCAAAGCACGUAGUGUUGCUUUCAUUCCCUUUUGGGAUUUCGAAAGAGCCAGAUGGUUCGCCGGCUGUCUGUGCUGGAGCAACGACCCCUACCGGUUACUAUCCGCUUCCGUGGAUAUGGCAUACUUCAAGAUAUUCAGUCACUCAAUCAUGAGGGAGCUGUCAAGGCUGGACGCCGCAGCUCUAAACGAGGCCAAAUCGACUUUCGUCUCAUCGAUUUCACACGAGCUGCGUUCGCCCCUCCACGGCAUACUAGGUACACUAGAGUUCAUCAAGGAUACGCCGCUCGACUCAUUUCAGACAAGUAUGAUGAACUCUUUACACGCCUGCGGCACGACUCUUCUCGACACCAUCAAUCAUCUCAUGGACUAUGCCAAGAUCAGCGAGGAGAAGAAGAGCAUUUCGUCGAAGAGACUGAAGAAUGAAAACACUAUUCGACUAUCCUCGAAACCAUUGAAGAGUCGGCGAAAAAGGGUUUCCGCAUUUGAUCUCGGGGUCGCAACGGAAGAAGUCGUGGAAGCAGUCUUUUCUGGAUCAUCAUACAUCCCAGCCACCUCGAAGCUCAUGGAAGCACCUAUCUCGCCUACGGACGAACAUGCUCUCUCACUUCCGCAGCGUGCGGCACGCUUCAUCAUCCUCGAUAUUGCUUACGAUGACGAUCUGGUUUUCUCCUUCCCAAUUGGAUCUUGGAGAAGAAUAGUGAUGAACCUAUUUGGCAACGCUGUCAAGUAUACCCAAACAGGGUAUAUCCAUGUUUCUCUGCGUUCAAACAACCUAGCAGAAAAUGCCGAUGCCCCGACAGCAAUCACACUCACCAUUACAGACACUGGCUCAGGUAUGAGUUCUAGUUUUUUGGCCAACCGCCUCUUCCAGCCCUUCUCCCAGGAGAACCCGCAUGCACCAGGUACAGGGUUGGGUAUGAGUAUCGUGCGUCAAAUCAUCGACACGAACGGUGGCAAGGUUGAAGUCAGCAGUGACCCCGAAAUCGGUACUAAGCUCAUUGUCAAACUUGCUCUUAACAAACCGGAACUACCUGGCGCGAUGACGACUGAGCGAGCGCAAUUCAUAUCUUACCUGCCGAGAUUACAGGGUCGAAGGAUAUGUAUCCUUCGCAAGAAGAUAGAGUCACCGACUGGAGACAUCCAUCUCUCGAAAACGGACGAAGGCCUGCUACGCUUCACCAACGCACUUGUAUAUACCCUGGAGACACAUCUUAAGAUGGAAGUUGUGAAGACCAAUGAAUGGGAAGGGCAUGAUGCGGACAUGGUCAUCUGCCCGGAGUUAUCCUUUGACUACCUCGCUACUAUCCGGAAACGGAGGCCCAACGGCCAACGCGCCCCAGUGACCAUCUUUGUGGGGAUGGACGCUCUCGAAGCAGCGACAUUGCGCUCCGAUGUCCGCGUUACCAACAGGGAGUCGGUAGUCGAGAUCAUCACGCAACCAUGCGGACCUUACAAGCUCGCAUGGGUUCUCAACCGAUGCCUAGAUCGGUACGAACAUCCAGCUGAAAACCUCCAACCUGCUGGAAUGUCUAGCCCGCCACCGCAGCCCCAACAACAGUCGUAUCCCUUCACACCAACGAAGUCGAUGCAGAAUACCAUGGAGUCUCUCAGCUUGACGUCACCAGAACCAGUCGCUCCUUCUACCGCUGGAUCUACAAGUGUGCAACACUCGCUCACAUCGCCUCCCCAAGAAGAGGAACCUUUGAUAUCGCACACCCUUAUUGUCGACGACAACGUAUUGAACCGACGUCUCCUCGUCGCGUUCAUGAAAAAGCACGGCCUUCAGUUCGAACAAGCGGCGAACGGACAAGAAGCUCUGGACAAGUACCAGGAAGAAGCGCGCAAAUUCGACGUUAUACUGAUGGAUAUGUCCAUGCCGGUCAUGGACGGCAUGAGCGCAACUCGUGCGAUCCGCGAAUACGAGCAGAGUAACAAUCUGCCACGGUGUUCCAUUGUCGCACUUACUGGCUUAGCGUCUUCAAGUGCGAAGCUGGAAGCAUGGAGUUCGGGGAUUGAUCACUUCAUGACGAAGCCGGUCAACUUCAAGGCGCUUGGAGAGCUUCUCAAGAGCGAUGAGGCGCGGAGACAUGCGAGAGCGAGAAAUGAGGAAAAUGAACGGGCGGGUUGA